UGCCGGAGUCACACGCCAAGGGGCUUAUUUGUACGGUUCCGCCUGAUCUUAUUUACCCAUUUACCAAGCGACGAUAUUAGGAAAGGGGAUUUACUCAAAAACUAAACCAACAUAGAUGCUCAUGAACUUUUUUAGCUGUAAAAAAGAUCAAGCAGCACAAUCAUUCACUGUUAAAAAACUAAAUCAAUCACGGGCACGGUAUCCAUGCGAAGGGCUCUUCAAGUGUACAAUUGUUUCAGAAACCACACCUCACUUUGUGUCCUCCGUUCCUCUACUUUUUCAACUGCAGCCCUAAAAAAAAUUCACACUGAUCAGACAAAAUCCCUGAUAAGCUUUAAUUCCCAGAUAUCAGAAAAUGGCCGAAAAGGGAACAUUGAAGAGGCGGAGUCAAUUUUCUUUCGCAUGCCCACUAAGAAUGUUGUUACUUGGACAGCAAUGUUGUCUGCGUACGGCCAAAAUGGGCAGCUAAAUAAAGCCCGGGAACUGUUUGACAAAAUACCCCAACGAACUGUUGUGUCAUGGAAUGCGAUGUUGACUGCCUAUAUGAGGUGCAGCUUUGAUGUGGAUGAGAUUUUUAAGUUCUUCCUUGCAAUGCCAGAGAGAAAUGCGGUGUCUUUUGCAGCUAUGGUCACAGGGUUUGUUAUUGCAGGGAGAUUCAGUGAGGCUGAGAAAUUGUAUCAUGAGACUCCUGUAGUUUUCCGUGAGCCCGUCUGUUCAAAUGCCAUGAUAAAUGGGUAUUUGAAAAAUGGGAAGUUGGAGGAGGCAGUCCGGGUUUUCGAGAAUAUGAGGGGAAAAGACAUUGUUUCAUACAGUUCAAUGGUUGAUGGGUAUUGUAAAAGUGGGAAUUUUAUUGAGGCUAGAAAGUUGUUUGAUGCUAUGUGGGAGAGGAACAACGUAACUUGGAGUUCAAUGAUGAAUGGUUAUAUGAGGGCAGGGUCCUUUGAGGAUGGGUUUGCAUUAUUUCAGCAAAUGAGAAGGGAAGGUGAAGUGAGAGUUGAGCCAACUACAUUGACUAUUAUUUUUGAAGCAUGUGGUAAAUACAAAAAAUGUGAAUUAGGAUUUCAAAUUCAUGGAUUGGUCUUGCAAUUAGGACAUAUAUGUGAUGUUUUCUUAAGCAAUUCCAUCAUAACCAUGUAUUCCAGAUUUGGUUGUACCUAUGCGGCUAGAAGUGCAUUUGAUGCAAUGAUAAGUAAGGAUAUAGUUUCAUGGAAUUCUCUUAUCAGCUGUUAUGUUCAAGGAGGAAGACUUGAAGAAGCUUAUGAACUUUUUGUGAAGGCUCCAGAGAAGGAUGUGGUUUCUUGGACUACUUUACUUAUGGGGUUCACUAAAAAAGGCUUAAUUGAGAAGGGCCUUACUUUGUUCAAGCGGAUGCCAGAGAAAGAUGUCAUUGCUUGGUCUUCUAUGAUUUCUGGCUUUGUUCACAAUGCAGCAUAUGAGGAAGCUUUUUGUUUGUUUGUGCAGAUGAUUAAGAGUUCGGUUCGACCAAAUCCUAUAACUUUAUGUAGUAUGCUCAGUGCUUCGGCUGGCUUGGCAGUAUUGAGUCAAGGCUUGCAAAUACAUGCCCAUGUUCUCAAAAUGUGUUUGGAAUUUGAUUUGCUGAUCCAGAGCUCCCUCAUCUCAAUGUAUUCCAAGUGUGGAAGCGUAAACGAUGCCUAUAGAAUAUUCAUAUCUGUCAAGGAACCCAAUAUUUGUAUCUUCAAUGCCAUGAUAAUAGGAUUUUCCCAAAAUGGUUUAGGCAAUGAAGCACUUCAUUUAUUCAAAGAACUGGAGGGUAAAGGUGAAAUGCCUAAUGCCAUUACCCUUCUUGGAGUUCUGUUAGCCUGCACACAUUCCGGGAUGGUAGAAGAAGGAUGGAAUUACUUCAAGUCAAUGAUGUCAUUAUAUAUGAUUGAACCGGAGCUUGAUCACUAUGCAAUCAUGGUUGACAUCCUUGGUAAAGCAGGUUUGCUUGAUGAAGCAAUGAGUUUGAUCAAAUCAAUGCCACUUGAACCCCACUCCGGGGUUUGGGGUGCUCUUCUCAGUUCAAGUAGGACUCACUUGCGGCCUGAUCUUGCAAAGGUUGCGGCUGAGCAUAUUUAUAGAUUGGAACCAAGUAACUCAGCUCCUUAUGUUGCCCUAUCAGACAUGUACUCUUUCAUGGGGCAAAAAACGGAUGAGGAACAAGUGAGGUUGGCCAAAAGAUUGAUAGGGAUAAAGAAGAGCCCGGGUUGCAGUUGGAUUUUGUUGAAAAACAGUGUCAAUGUAUUCCUUUCAGGAGACACGUCUCAUAUAAACUUUAUUGAGAUCAAUUUAACAUUAAGGAUGGCUACUGAUCAAAUCAAAAGAUUAUGCUGUACAGAUGAUGAUGAUGAUGAUCUACUGUGAGAUAUUAUCAAUAAAAACGAUCAUCUUUGUCAUUCAUUGAAUUAUUUCAGCUGAACAUUCCUCUAAUGUACUGCGUAAUUAGCUCAACCAACACUCAAAUUUAUAAUUUAUGAUGACGAGUUUGGUUGAUCCUGCAGCAGAAGUAUAUCUAGUAUUUUCCAUGCCCU